GCGGCGGCGGCGGCGAGGGGCCGCCGGGGGCGGCUCGAUAAGCGUCUCCCAUGGGCCUGAUCAACCGCCAGCGCAUGACAUGGAACUUUGCGCCAAGAAACGCCCCCCAGAGGAGGAAAGGAGGGUGAAAGCGAACGCCCGGGAGUAUAACGAAAAGUUCCAGUACGCGAGUAACUGCAUCAAGACGUCAAAGUACAACAUGGUCACCUUCCUGCCCAUCAACCUCUUCGAGCAGUUCCAGGAAGUGGCCAACACUUACUUUCUCUUCCUCCUCAUCCUCCAGCUGAUCCCGCAAAUCUCCUCUCUCUCAUGGUUCACCACCAUAGUGCCUUUGGUUCUCGUGCUCACCAUCACGGCGGUCAAGGACGCCACCGACGAUUAUUUUCGCCACAAGAGUGACAACCAGGUGAACAAUCGUCAGUCUCAGGUGUUGAUCAAUGGAAUACUCCAGCAAGAACAGUGGAUGAACGUUCGAGUCGGUGACAUCAUCAAGUUGGAAAACAACCAGUUUGUGGCAGCUGACCUGCUCCUCCUAUCUAGCAGUGAACCUCACGGCCUUUGUUACAUCGAGACCGCCGAGCUCGACGGAGAGACGAACAUGAAGGUGAGGCAGGCCAUCCCGGUGACGUCGGAGCUGAGCGACACCAGCAAACUGGCGCACUUUGAUGGAGAGGUGAUCUGUGAGCCCCCCAACAAUAAACUGGACAAGUUCAGCGGGACCCUGUACUGGAAGGAGAGCAAGCACGCGCUCAGCAACCAGAACAUGCUUUUACGCGGCUGCGUUCUUCGCAAUACAGAGUGGUGUUUCGGGCUGGUCAUCUUUGCAGGUCCGGACACCAAAUUGAUGCAGAACAGCGGGCGCACGAAAUUCAAGAGGACGAGUAUUGAUCGUUUAAUGAACACCCUGGUGCUUUGGAUCUUUGGCUUCCUGGUGUGCAUGGGCGUGAUCCUGGCGAUCGGCAACUCCAUCUGGGAGUACGAGGUGGGCGCCUGCUUCCAGAUCUACCUGCCCUGGGAUGAGGCGGUCGACAGUGCCUUCUUCUCUGGCUUCCUCUCCUUCUGGUCAUACAUCAUCAUCCUCAAUACCGUGGUCCCCAUAUCUCUUUAUGUUAGCGUGGAAGUGAUCCGUCUCGGGCACAGUUACUUCAUCAACUGGGACAAGAAGAUGUACUGCGCGAAGCGUUGCACACCGGCCGAGGCGCGGACCACGACGCUGAACGAGGAGCUGGGGCAGGUGGAGUACAUCUUCUCGGACAAGACGGGGACCCUCACCCAGAACAUCAUGGUCUUCAGCAAGUGCUCGGUGAAUAAACGAAGCUAUGGUGAUGUUUUGGAUGUCCUGGGGUACAAGGCAGAGCUUGGAGAGAAAACGGAACCCGUCGAUUUCUCUUUCAACCCCCUGGCUGACCCCAACUUCACAUUUUGGGACACGGGUCUCUUGGAAGCCGUCAAGUUGGGAGAUCCACACGUCCACGAGUUUUUCCGCCUGCUCUCUCUGUGCCACACGGUCAUGUCCGAGGAAAAGAACCCAGGGAAAUUGUAUUACAAAGCCCAGUCUCCGGACGAAGGUGCCUUGGUGACGGCAGCCCGCAAUUUCGGUUUUGUGUUCCGCUCCCGCACCCCCAAGACCAUCACCGUGCAGGAACUGGGGCGGCCGGUGACGUACCAGCUUCUGGCCAUCCUGGACUUCAACAAUGUUCGCAAGCGCAUGUCUGUCAUCGUGCGGAACCACGAGGGGCAGAUCCGUCUGUAUUGCAAAGGAGCCGACACCAUCUUACUGGAGCGGCUUCACCCGGGCAACCAGGAGUUGUACAACGUAACCACCGACCACCUGAACGAAUACGCCGGAGAGGGUCUUCGAACGUUGGUGCUGGCCUACCGCGACCUGGAGGAAAGCUACUAUGCCAGUUGGGCCGAACGGUUGCAUCGAGCCAGCGCGACCAGCGAGGGCCGUGAGGACAGGGUGGCCCGUCUGUACGAGGAAGUGGAGAACGACAUGGUGCUGCUGGGAGCCACCGCCAUCGAGGACAAGCUGCAGCAGGGAGUUCCGGAGACCAUCGCCCUUCUCACACUAGCGAACAUCAAGAUCUGGGUCCUGACUGGAGAUAAACAGGAAACGGCCGUCAACAUUGGCUACUCCUGCAAGAUGCUGACAGACGAGAUGACCGAGGUGUUCAUCAUCACGGGACACACGGUCCUUGAAGUGCGGCAAGAGUUGCGGAAGGCCCGUGAGAAGAUGGUGGACUCCACGCGGUCGGUGGGAAAUGGGUUCACCUACCAGGAGAAACUGUCUGCCUCCAAACUGACCUCGGUGCUAGAGGCGGUGGCCGGAGAGUAUGCCCUGGUCAUCAACGGGCACAGCCUGGCGCACGCCCUGGAGGCCGACAUGGAGCUGGAGUUCCUGGAGACGGCGUGCGCCUGCAAGGCCGUCAUCUGCUGCCGCGUCACCCCCUUGCAGAAGGCCCAGGUGGUAGAGCUGGUCAAGAAGUACAAGAAGGCCGUCACGCUGGCCAUUGGCGACGGGGCCAACGACGUCAGCAUGAUCAAGACUGCCCACAUUGGCGUCGGCAUCAGUGGCCAGGAGGGCAUCCAGGCAGUGCUGGCUUCCGACUACUCCUUCUCGCAGUUCAAGUUUCUGCAGCGCCUCCUGCUGGUUCACGGGCGCUGGUCCUACCUGCGCAUGUGCAAGUUCCUCUGUUACUUCUUCUACAAGAACUUUGCCUUCACCAUGGUGCACUUCUGGUUCGGCUUCUUCUGCGGCUUCUCCGCCCAGACCGUCUACGAUCAGUAUUUCAUCACGCUGUACAAUAUUGUCUACACCUCGCUGCCUGUUCUCGCCAUGGGUGUCUUUGACCAGGACGUGCCUGAACACCGCAGCCUGGAGUACCCCAAGCUGUACGAACCCGGGCAGCUGAACCUUCUCUUCAACAAGCGGGAGUUCUUCAUCUGCAUCGCCCAGGGCAUCUACACCUCCGUCUUCAUGUUCUUCAUCCCCUACGGGGUCUUCAGUGACAACACCCACCUCGCCGACUACCAGUCCUUCGCCGUCACUGUGGCGACCUCCCUUGUCAUCGUCGUUAGUGUGCAGAUUGGGCUGGACACAGGAUUCUGGACCGCCAUCAACCAUUUCUUCAUCUGGGGCAGCCUGGCGGUUUACUUCGCCAUCCUGUUUGCCAUGCACAGCGACGGCCUCUUCCAGCUCUUCCCUAACCAAUUCCGUUUUGUCGGUAAUGCCCAGAACACGCUUGCCCAGCCCGACGUGUGGCUGACGAUUGCCCUCACGACCGUCGUGUGCAUCAUGCCUGUGGUGGCGUUCCGAUUCCUCAAGCUGGAUCUGAAACCGGAGUUGUCGGAUACGGUGCGCUAUACUCAGUUGGUGCGGAAGAAGCAGAAAACCCAACACCGCUGCAUGGGCCGGGUCGGCCGGGCUGGCUCACGGCGCUCCGGCUACGCCUUCUCACACCAGGAGGGCUUCGGCGAGCUCAUCAUGUCUGGGAAGAACAUGCGGCUUAGCUCCCUGGCCCUGUCCAGCUUCAGCGGCCGUCCCAGCACCAGCUGGAUUGAGACCCUGCGGAAGAAGAAAGGCGCGGGCGGGGAUGGCAGCGCCGCCAGCAGCCCGAGUGGCGGAGGGCCCGACAGAACCCUGAAGGUGUGA